CCGAGAGAAACUCGCGCGAUGCUGGCCCCGCCCAACUCCAAAGCCCCGCCCAGGCCUGGAGGCUGGGAGGAGAGGUUUCCAUGGUGACAGUAAACAAGGCCCUGCCUUUGAGGGGCAAUUGCUGGGCACUCGCCGGCACCAUGAUUCCCCCCGCGGACUCUUUACUCAAGUAUGACACCCCGGUGCUGGUGAGCCGGAAUACGGAGAAACGGAGCCCCAAAGCUCGGCCAUUGAAAGUCACCCCCCAGCAGCCUGGACCCUCAGGUCCAAUCCCACCGCCAACCAAGACCAAGCUCUCAAUUUCCUGUGUCCCAGAUCCUACAAAGCAGGCAGAAGAAAUCUUGAAUGCUAUCCUGCCACCAAGGGAGUGGGUGGAAGACACACAGCUAUGGAUCCAGCAGGUGUCCAGCACGCCCAGCACCCGGAUGGAUGUGGUGCACCUUCAGGAGCAGCUGGACCUGAAGCUGCAGCAGCGGCAGGCCCGGGAGACUGGUAUCUGCCCUGUCCGCCGGGAGCUCUACUCACAGUGUUUUGAUGAGCUGAUUCGUGAGGUCACCAUCAACUGUGCGGAGAGGGGGCUGCUGCUGCUGCGAGUCCGGGACGAGAUCCGCAUGACCAUCGCUGCCUACCAGACCUUGUAUGAGAGCAGCGUGGCGUUUGGCAUGAGGAAGGCGCUGCAGGCUGAACAGGGGAAGUCAGACAUGGAGAGGAAAAUUACAGAGUUAGAAACGGAAAAGAGAGACUUGGAGAGGCAAGUCAACGAGCAGAAGGCAAAGUGUGAGGCCACGGAGAAGCGGGAGAGUGAGAGGAGACAGGUGGAGGAGAAGAAGCACAAUGAGGAAAUUCAGUUCCUGAAGCGGACGAAUCAGCAGCUGAAGGCCCAACUGGAAGGCAUUAUUGCACCAAAGAAGUGAUAAUUUCCAUAUGGGUCCCACAAACACGACUACCCCAUCGUAAGCCCUUUGUAAUAAAAAGCUAGUUUCCUAAAUGAACAAGCCAUACGCUCCCCUGAUCACCACCUACAUAUUUGUCAGAAGUCACACCAUUGACCCAGUGUCAUGAAACACCUAAGUCUGGCAGCCAGGCUCCUGGUUGGGCAAUGGAAGGUGGUGAGGCCAGGCAGUCUGUCUCUGGCCAGCCUUGGGAUUUGCCAACUCAAAUAGUAAGACUUAGCAUCCACCCCUUUCCGCUGCAUCCCUCUUUGGUGAGGCAACUGCUUUCUCGUCACUAAUCCUAGCAGGAUGCAGCUGGUUCCACCCCAUUCCUGGUCCAGUUCAUCUUGUACCUGAACUUGGGCUCCUCUGGCCUCAAUUUUUCCCUUAUUUAAUGUCGUUUCACCAUCCUGGCUCCAACACAGUUCUAGUAACACAUUUUGAAGGAUAGAUUUAUACUCUAUCUGAUCCCCGCUUGUCAACUGGACCCCUUCCUUAGUUUCAGACUGCCUAGGUGAGAAGGCAGUGGGAGAGUCAAACUCAUGACUUUUAAGUAAAUGUUUCCUGGAAAGAACUGUGUCCAUGGUGAACUGCUUGUACCUCAGCUCUUCCCCCAAAACCUUUUUGUUCACUUUCUUCUGCUGAAAAUCAAACCCUGGCCCUACACCCCUCUAAGUAGCUAAAUUUAGUUAACAAUGGGAGAGGUGCCCAAACCUAUCUGCAGUCCUAAUUAUUGUCAGGCUAUGGCCUGCACGCAACUGCAUUUUACUGUUCCCCUUAAGUUAAACUCAAAGUUUGGACGCGCAGGACUCUUCUGGCUUCGUAGACCCAGACUACAUAAGCGACAGGGUGGGCUAGGGCAGCAAGCUGCAUGACUUCAGCACCCCCUCAGCUGGAAUGUUUCUCAGUGCUCUGUGUUCCCCUGGAGAUGUGAAGGCUCUCGCAGGGGAGCCUGAUCUGCCACCAUCCUGGUAGGGCUUCCAGGCUCAGUGACAAACUGCAGACCAAGAGCUACCUUCACCUUCCACCAAGUCAAACACCCCCAUUUGACUCUCAAAUUUGAAGGCACAGCUUCCCCUUGUCCAGGGUCCUGAGGAGUUCUAAGGCUCCCUCUGCUCUGCAUGCUGUCGUUUUCAUGGGAAAGAAUGCCACGCACUGAGAUGUACUAGUGCCACGCCCACUUAACAGUAUAGCACGGAUACCCCAACCGGACCCACCUACCAGACGCAGUGAGGGACAAGAGAAGCUGCGGCAGCCUUGUCUUCAUAUUUUGAAGCCCAGGCCAUGCCCACUACAUCCUUGAAAUUUUGUUUUUACUGUUGUGUUCCAACAGCUUCUGUUCCAUAAUGCUAACUGCUGGGACAGAAGAAACACCACCCUUCCCAUUCUAUAGAUAUCAUCCUGUUUCUGUCAGACAUUCACGUGACAGAGCUUCUCUCUGGAGGAACCACAGGGCUGAUCCGUGUCGGAAAUGCCAAUGGACUCCAUCGCUGAAAUUCUUGGGGGCUGGCACUGGUGAAUGGUUUCAGCUGUCAAACCUCAGAACAAUGCACUGUGGCCUUAGAAAUGCCAACUGGGCAGGAAGAAAUUGAACACAGUUUCUAAUGCAUAUUUUUGUAUAAUUUAAUAAACAGCCUUUAAAAUGUUA